UAUGGCUGCCUCCAUGAAUUUCACAUGAUUAUUGAAAUAUUUACAUCACCGGCACAAUAUGAUUCGUCUAAGUCUCACCAGCCGAAUGACAUUGGUGAAAAAUUGUAACACAAUGUGUUUGCUACAGAUCAGAGAAUCAAGUAAAAUCAAAAUGGUGAAACAACUGAAGAAAUUUAUUGACAAAAGUCCAAAAAAGAAGUGGCACAAGAAUCCAAUGAUGACGACUUCAACAACUACAAGUAGGCGUGUGAGUGAUGGACAGCGUCGACGUGCAGAACAGGUCAGCACAGUGCUGUACAACUACAUCACAAGCAUCAUAGACUCUGGAGAACUCUCACCUGCGCUAGCUGACAUGGCAGUCGACAUCAACCGGGUGAAGGUGACCCCAGACUUCAGUUCAGUGAACAUCUACUGGCUGAGUAGUGGCUCAGAGAGGGAUGGUGAACUUGAAAUUGAGCUGAAGAAACAUGAAGCUAAGCUCAGGUCUAUCCUCAUCUCCUACCACAUUGUCGGAACUAUUCCCCAAGUCACAUUUGUACAAGACAGGACGGCAGGACGGUACGCAGAAGUCGAGAAACUACUGAGAAUAGCAGAUUAUGGCCCCGAUUUUGUUCCCGGUCCCAUGGGAAGCAGUAUUCGAACCCUGCACCCGUCCCCGAAAGAACCCUCAGAUGCAGACGUCUCUGAACAGCUGCAAAAACUAUCUCUAGACUUUGCGCAAACCACUAACCAUGGCAAGCAUAUUAUUCCUAUGGAGGAAAAGACUGAUGGUGAUCAUGAGGAUGUCAGCAGCUUGGUAGAAGAUAAAAAGGACCCUGCGUCUGAAUUAAAUUUCAGAAGUGAUUUGUAUGGACUGAAUCACGUGGAAAUAAUGAAGAGACUGCUUCUAAAAAAACACAAGACAAAGCAUCGAAGUUCAGAAAGGACACUUGGAAUUGAUUCGGGAAGUGAAGACACUGUCAAACCAGUGCAAGCGCCGGACUAUGAAAAGUUUUUGAGAACAAAAAAUAUGUUGAAGAAAAAGGCUAACUUAAUAAAAAGUGAUUACACGGUUCCUGAUUAUUAUCGCUAUGAAACACUACAUGAUUUUGGUGGAAGCACCGCAAGAGGAGGUACAACUGAUGAUGAUUAUGAUACAACCGAUUCUGAUGACGAUUCAUCUGAUUCUGAUUCAUCUGAUUCUGAGGAGGAUACCACUGAAAGAUAAAAGAAGUGCCAAUGUUUUGAGAUUUUUCUAGUUUCAUGGAAUGUUAAGCAAUGUAGCUUCUCAACUUGGAAUUGUUUGUUUUCAGUAUUUGUGAAACAUUAAAAAUAAAAUGACCCAAAAGCAA